AGCCGAGGAGAGCCUAGCUGGUUGCGUGGAGGGUUGUUUGAUUCCCACCCCCUCUUUUUUCCUUUUUUUUUCCCUUUUUUUUUUUCUUUCUCCCUGAGUCUUAUUAAUUUCUCUGUGGGGCUGCGGCUGGAGACCGUGGAGCGCUGGAUAUGACGCUCGGAGCUUUAAUUACCGCAAUGGCUGGACAAGUGUGAGGAAAGCUGACAGUGGGGAAAAAAAGGGGGACAAGAUCGAAGAGACGCAAAGAAGCACCCCCCCCCCAUCCCUCCUCCUUCUCCUUCUAGAUUUGGACAGGAGGUGCAAGGAGACUGAAGAGAGAGCUGAACAUAGCCCGGCUUUGGGGGAGAGGCCGGAACCCUGCCGCCUCUUUGCAAUCAACUUUUUUUGGAAGCCUGUUUUUUUUUUCCCCCUCUUUCUUUUUAUUGUUGACCAACCAGUGAGAGAGAGAGAGAGAGGAGAGGGGGAGCGAGCGAGCGAAAAAGUGAGGAGGGUGCGAGCGAGCGGAGGAGCACUCGGGGAAAUAGCUGCACAGUCCUGCCUGGAGCACCAGCCGCACAGUCGCGCACACUCCCACCCGCGCGCGCACUCUCCCUCCCGCGAUCCCUCGCCGGGUCCCCCGGUCCCCCGGUCCCCGGGCCCUGGAAGCCACCGGCACCGACUCGCUCGCCAGCCCCGGGGAACCCGGGCACCGCGCGCGCCGCGCCCGCCCCCCUCGCGCCCCCCACGCGCUCCCGGCAGAGAGAGAGAGAGAAGGGGGGGAAAAGAAGAAAAUCUCCUCCGCGUGCCCGCAAGGGGCUAUGCCAUUUGGACAUGUAAUUGUCAGCGCGGGAUCUGAGACUUGCCAAAAAUGAAGCUGGCGACGGGACUGUGGGUCUGGGGGAGCCUUCUGGUGGCCACGGGGACCGUCCAGCCCAGCGCUUCUCAGUCAGUGUGUGCAGGAACAGAGAAUAAACUGAGCUCUCUCUCUGACCUGGAACAGCAGUACCGAGCCUUGCGCAAAUACUAUGAAAACUGCGAGGUAGUCAUGGGCAACCUGGAGAUCACCAGCAUCGAGCACAACCGGGACCUCUCCUUCCUGCGGUCUAUCCGAGAAGUCACGGGCUAUGUACUGGUGGCCCUCAACCAGUUUCGUUACCUUCCUCUGGAGAAUUUACGAAUUAUUCGUGGAACAAAACUAUACGAAGAUCGCUAUGCGUUAGCGAUAUUCCUAAACUACAGAAAAGAUGGCAACUUUGGACUUCAGGAACUUGGAUUGAAGAACCUGACCGAAAUUCUAAAUGGUGGCGUCUAUGUAGACCAGAACAAAUUCCUGUGUUAUGCUGAUACCAUACACUGGCAAGAUAUUGUUCGGAACCCAUGGCCUUCCAACAUGACUCUGGUGUCAACUAAUGGAAGCUUUGGAUGUGGAAGAUGCCAUAAGUCCUGCACUGGCCGAUGCUGGGGACCCACAGAAAAUCACUGCCAGACCUUGACAAGGACUGUGUGUGCUGAACAAUGUGACGGCAGGUGCUAUGGACCCUACGUUAGUGACUGCUGCCAUCGAGAAUGUGCUGGAGGCUGCUCAGGACCAAAGGACACUGACUGCUUUGCUUGCAUGAACUUCAAUGACAGUGGAGCCUGUGUUACUCAAUGUCCCCAAACAUUUGUCUACAAUCCAACCACCUUCCAGCUGGAACACAACUUCAAUGCAAAGUACACAUAUGGAGCAUUCUGUGUUAAAAAAUGCCCACAUAACUUUGUGGUAGAUUCCAGUUCUUGUGUGCGUGCUUGUCCCAGUUCCAAGAUGGAAGUAGAAGAAAAUGGGAUUAAAAUGUGUAAGCCUUGCACUGAUAUUUGCCCAAAAGCGUGUGACGGCAUCGGUACAGGAUCAUUGAUGUCAGCCCAGACUGUGGAUUCCAGUAACAUUGACAAAUUCAUAAACUGUACAAAGAUCAAUGGGAAUCUCAUCUUCCUUGUCACUGGGAUUCACGGGGACCCUUACAAUGCAAUUGAAGCCAUAGACCCAGAGAAACUGAAUGUCUUUCGGACGGUCAGAGAAAUAACAGGUUUCCUGAACAUACAGUCUUGGCCUCCAAAUAUGACAGAUUUCAGUGUUUUCUCCAACCUCGUCACCAUUGGAGGGAGAGUCCUCUACAGUGGUCUCUCGUUGCUUAUCCUCAAACAACAAGGUAUCACUUCCCUGCAAUUCCAGUCUCUGAAGGAAAUCAGUGCGGGCAACAUCUACAUUACUGACAACAGCAACCUGUGUUAUUAUCACACCAUUAACUGGACAACACUCUUCAGCACCAUCAACCAGAGAAUAGUGAUCCGAGAUAACAGAAGAGCUGAGAAUUGUACUGCUGAAGGGAUGGUGUGCAAUCACCUGUGUUCAAAUGAUGGCUGUUGGGGACCUGGGCCAGACCAGUGCCUAUCAUGCCGGCGCUUCAGCAGGGGGAAAAUCUGCAUAGAGUCUUGUAACCUCUAUGAUGGGGAAUUUCGAGAGUUUGAAAAUGGCUCCAUCUGUGUUGAGUGUGACUCCCAGUGUGAGAAGAUGGAAGAUGGACUACUCACAUGCCAUGGACCGGGACCAGACAACUGCACAAAGUGUUCUCAUUUUAAGGAUGGUCCAAACUGUGUGGAGAAAUGUCCCGAUGGCCUACAGGGAGCAAACAGUUUCAUCUUCAAGUAUGCAGAUCAGGAUCGAGAAUGCCACCCAUGCCAUCCAAACUGCACCCAAGGGUGUAACGGUCCCACUAGUCAUGACUGCAUUUACUACCCAUGGACGGGCCAUUCCACUUUACCACAACAUGCUAGAACUCCACUGAUUGCAGCCGGAGUCAUUGGCGGGCUCUUCAUCCUGGUCAUCAUGGCUCUGACGUUUGCAGUUUAUGUCAGAAGGAAGAGCAUCAAAAAGAAACGAGCCUUGAGGAGAUUCCUGGAGACAGAGCUGGUAGAGCCCUUAACCCCCAGUGGCACGGCACCCAAUCAAGCCCAGCUGCGCAUUUUGAAGGAAACGGAACUAAAGAGGGUAAAAGUCCUUGGCUCGGGAGCUUUUGGGACCGUUUACAAAGGUAUUUGGGUGCCUGAAGGUGAAACAGUGAAAAUUCCCGUGGCUAUUAAAAUCCUCAAUGAGACAACUGGCCCCAAAGCCAAUGUGGAGUUCAUGGAUGAGGCUCUGAUCAUGGCAAGCAUGGAUCACCCACACCUGGUUCGCUUACUGGGUGUGUGUCUGAGCCCCACCAUCCAGCUAGUUACCCAGCUGAUGCCCCAUGGCUGCCUGCUUGACUAUGUCCAUGAACACAAGGACAACAUAGGAUCACAGCUGCUGCUGAACUGGUGUGUCCAGAUUGCUAAGGGAAUGAUGUACCUGGAAGAAAGACGACUUGUUCAUCGGGAUCUGGCAGCCCGUAAUGUCUUAGUCAAAUCCCCAAACCAUGUGAAAAUCACAGACUUUGGACUAGCCCGACUCUUGGAAGGAGAUGAAAAGGAAUACAGUGCUGAUGGUGGUAAGAUGCCAAUUAAAUGGAUGGCUCUGGAAUGUAUACAUUAUAGGAAAUUCACUCAUCAAAGUGAUGUUUGGAGCUAUGGCGUCACAAUAUGGGAACUGAUGACCUUUGGAGGAAAACCCUACGAUGGAAUUCCAACCCGAGAAAUCCCUGAUUUAUUAGAGAAAGGAGAGCGUUUGCCUCAACCUCCCAUCUGUACUAUUGACGUUUACAUGGUCAUGGUCAAAUGUUGGAUGAUCGAUGCUGACAGCAGGCCCAAAUUCAAGGAACUGGCUGCUGAGUUUUCAAGGAUGGCUAGAGAUCCUCAAAGAUACCUGGUCAUUCAGGGUGAUGAUCGUAUGAAGCUCCCCAGUCCAAAUGACAGCAAAUUCUUCCAGAAUCUUUUGGAUGAAGAGGAUUUGGAAGAUAUGAUGGACGCUGAGGAAUAUUUGGUCCCCCAGGCUUUCAACAUCCCUCCUCCAAUCUACACGUCCAGAGCAAGAAUUGACUCCAAUAGGAGUGAAAUUGGACACAGCCCUCCUCCUGCCUACACCCCCAUGUCGGGAAAUCAGUUUGUGUACCAGGAUGGGGGCUUUGCUACACAACAAGGAAUAGCCAUGCCCUACAGAGCCACAACCAACACCAUACCAGAAGCUCCAGUCGCUCAGGGUGCAACAGCUGAGAUGUUUGAUGACUCCUGCUGUAAUGGCACCCUACGCAAGACAGUGGCACCCCAUGUCCAAGAAGACAGUAGCACACAGAGGUAUAGUGCUGACCCCACGGUGUUUGCCCCAGAACGGAACCCACGAGGCGAACUGGAUGAAGAAGGCUACAUGACUCCCAUGUGUGACAAACCCAAACAAGAAUAUCUGAAUCCUGUGGAAGAAAAUCCUUUCGUGUCACGGAGAAAAAACGGAGACCUUCAAGCUUUAGAUAACCCGGAAUAUCACAGCGCUUCCAGCGGUCCGCCCAAGACGGAGGAUGAGUACGUGAAUGAACCACUCUAUCUCAACACCUUCGCCAACGCCUUGGGGAACGCCGAGUACCUGAAGAACAGCGUACUGUCUGUGCCCGAGAAAGCCAAGAAAGCGUUCGACAACCCCGACUACUGGAACCACAGCCUGCCACCCCGGAGCACCCUUCAGCACCCAGACUACCUGCAGGAAUACAGCACAAAGUAUUUUUAUAAACAGAACGGACGGAUCCGCCCUAUUGUGGCAGAGAAUCCUGAGUACCUCUCUGAGUUCUCGCUGAAGCCUGGCACAAUGCUGCCCCCUCCGCCCUACAGACACCGGAAUACUGUGGUGUGAGCUCAGCUGGGGUGUUAGGUGGAGAGACAUGCCCACUCCAUCCCCCUCCACACACACACACACCCCUGCUCUUUCUCUGGUGGUCUUCCUUCUCCCAAGGCCAGUAGUUUUGACACUUCCUAAUGGAAGGUAUAGAGACGCAAUGAUAGUUCUGUGCUUACCUAACUUGAACAUUAGAAGGAAAGACUGAAGGAGAAAGACAGGCGGACACACGCUGUUUCUUCAUUUCUUCAUAUGGGUUGGUCAACAGUGUCAGAGCUAGAGAAGGCCUAGGGUAUAUAAUAAGGCUGUACUGCCUGCUGUCAGAGUCCCAGCGUUGACUUUUACAUUCUCUCUCCCUCCUUUAUUCCUUCCCUUUCUCAUAUCAAUGCAGGUGAUAGAAAACCCAGACUCUAUUCUCAUCUGCAGCCAUAGACUUGUGCAUAUUCAGCAUCCCUAAAAAUCAUACGAAAGCUUUCAUUAGAACAAAAGGAUGAGCAUUUGGAUCCCAUUUGAUAGUAACUGAGAUGGAGAAGCCAAUUUCUUUCUCCGAUAGUUUCUUUCCUGGCAAAUAAGAAUGGCCAACCCAGCUUUUAUAAUUUUUAAAUCUCCAUUAUAGUUAUAACUAGUAAUUAUGCAUAGAAGACCUCUCUGGUGUUCUCAUUUUGGUUUGCUUUGGCCUGUUCCUUUAUAUUAGUUCCUCCCCUAUUUUCGGCUGUGGUUUCUAGUUACGAAGAUAUUUACAUAAAAGCUUCUUGACACAGUUGAAACACACACACACACACACACACACACACACACACACACACACACUAAUGUGAUGUAGAGGCCAUUAUUUUAAAUCAUGCAGUCCUUUAAAUUAGAAGAGAAAGCCAAGAUACUAGGAAAAAUAGCAUCAAAUCUAGAUUUCAUGUUUUCCACUACUGAAUUUAUUCUUCCCUGUGAUUUUCCUUCUUUAGCAUUUUAUUUUUCACCAUAAAUGACUGUCUUAGAUGGGCAGUGGUAAUCUUCAGAGUAGAAGGGAUGCUAAGAAACAGUUCUGUGUGGUUCAAAAAAAAAAAAAAACUACUGAUACUUUCAGGGGUGGUCCCAUGGGGGAUCCAUGCAGUGGAAGAAACACUGGAUUGGGUACGUCUACAUGGAAGGUACUCAGAAAUUUAGUUUGCACUUCAGCUCUAAUUUUAUUUGCUCUUUUUCUGAACUCUACUUUGGAUUUUGAAUGAAGCAAUAUGGAAGCAACCAGCAGAUUUAAGUACAUUUUUUUAAAAGGAUCUAAGAUAAAUACAGACUGUGGAAAUGCCAAACUAAGCCAACUAGGACUUUGGAACAGUACCCAGGGAUUGCGGUGAGAGGGCCAGCACAUUAUCUUCAUACUCUGUGACAUUUGCUGUGUAAGGAAGUAUGUUACCUUUGUAACUCUCUGUGUGAAGGAAUGCAAGUUGAGGAUUGGCUUGAAUUCCAUGGAAUUUCUAGAAUGAGACUCUGUUUAUAUUGAGUAGAAGGUAGCUUAACUCUUCACACCUAAGUUGCUAUAAUUAAAAGUAAAUCAUAAACAUUUGGAGCAUAUGAACGGGUCCAUGAUUGAGUUAAAAGUUUGUAAAUAAACAUGAAAACCCUUCUCAUGCAAUCAUUUUAUCAUCCAGUACAUUAAUCUUGUAAUUAUUUAUGUAAUGACUCUUCAUCUACUACCAUACUAUGCCCCGCUUGUAGAACCAAGCUUAGCUUUCAUUUGAAAAGAACACCUAUGGUGUUAAGAUGACUGAUGGGAACAAUGACAGAUAAAUCUCUAGGAAAUAGGGAAACCUAGUACUUUGCUCUUUUCUACAAAAUUCUUCUCUGAGUCAUUUAGAUUUUUAAACAUUUCUUUCUACUGUUAUUUUAUUAAGAGACAAUUAGACUCACUAGCCUAAAAAAAAAAAUCAAUUAGAUUAAACAUUUUCUUAAGGGAGAAAUUUUUUCAUAGACAUUUAUGUUUCUACCUAUUUUGAAAAACUAAAUCCAUCCAUCCAAAUCUAGAUUUAUUCAAUUGAUAUUUGUUUAAAGUCUACUAAAUGUAUGUGGGGGAACAGUCAGAUAAAUGAGAUAUCAUCUCUGACUUCAAAUGUUAACAGUUUACAUUUAUUUCCUGUGACAUUCUUAUUUCUCCAUGAGUCCAAGGAACCAGGUCACAUUGACUAUUUGUGAAAGGCUUCGCAGAACAGGUUUUUAGUAAAAGUUCUGAGACCUCACUGGGAUGUAAGUUAAACAUCCUUCAAACCACCGAAGAUGACAAAUACAAUCACUUCAAUGCUCUUAUCCAGACACAAACUUGACCAUAAAAAUAUGAUAUCACUGGCAAAGUGACAGUCUUACUAUGAAAGCAGAAGCAAAUGGUGAUCUUUAGCCAAACCUCUUAAAUGUGUUGGGUUUGGCCUCUUCUUUUGCUAAGAGAAGUGAAGCAAACUGAAAAUGGGAGCUAGAGACAGGAGGACGGUUUGUGAGAUCUUGUCUAGUGAAGUCUAACCCUAAAUUUACUAGAGAUAAAGACAUAGUGUGUUCCAAGGGCCACAGCUUUAAAACCCAAAGCUCCCCAAUCCAAUUCAGAGGCAUCUACAAGAAAGGGGACCUUGUAUAGGUCCCUAUUAAGUAUGAAGAGUUGAAAUGUAAGCCUUUGCUAGUAGAUAAAUCUAUGCCUACCCAUUGCUGGCAGCACCUUUGGAAAGCUAUCCUGACCUUUUCUCUUCAUUUACAAUAUUCAUAUGGCUUCUGGUGGGAAUAAGAAAGUAGACCUUUUUUCUUUUUCUUUUUCUUUUUUUUUUGUAAAAGAAAGAAGAUAAUCUCUUAACUGUUAAAGCAAUGGGAACAUAGUCAUUGAAUGCUAUCUCCUCCUUAGAAGCACAAGAUUUGCAGUUCUCUACACAUCUCCCCUUAGAAAUAGAUGCUGGAGAAAUUGAGAAUGACCCCUAAAUGCCAUUUUAGCAUUCCUUUUAUGACUUCCUAAUAUAUGCUUGUUGUUCUGGUAUUUGGCGUUUGUUUUAGUAUUGACUACCUAGGGGGAAAUUAUUCAACAGUAGACUAAAAGGACAGCAAACAGGGAUUGUGAGGAGGGCUUUCAUUUACUUAAGACAAUAACUUGUUUAACUCGGCAAACUGAAAUUGUAAGAUGCUAGUUAAAGCCUACAGAUUGCUAUCUAAUAUCAGGUGCUAAUCAUCAUCAGCACCAAUCAGAAUAUGCAGAAUCAAUUUGAAAGACUCAGUAAAAUUAAUGUUAAAAUUAAGCUAACUAUAUAUAUUUUUUUAAUCUUCAAAUUGUAACGAUCAUGCUUAGUUUGGGGAAUCUAAUUUUCAGGCAGGUUAUUUAUUUUCUUUUGUAGUGAAAUACUCAUUUAAAGAAGCUAUUCUUAAACAGAUGAGAAAAAAAUAUCCUUUAAGUCAGGAGAGGUUCAGAGUCUCCAAAAUGCUGCAGCUCAAGCAAGAAGCUAGUCCUGGUUUUCUGAAUUACAUUGGUAGCACAGGUUAGGAUGUGGUUCUUUCUUUCUAGAAGUAUUCUUGAAACUGUGAAAACAAUGCACAUUUCAAACUAUUAAAAACACAAAAUGGAAGAUCAAAGACUUGGUAAAAGUCUGAUUUUUGUAAGUCAGGAAGAACGGCUGACUAGCUCUAACUUGAAAGAAGAAAUUGGAGGUGGGGGGGCAGUUUUUAAAUAUGUCAUUUUCAUAUGUUACACCUUUUGAGAAUGGCGCAUAUUGUCAGUGGUAGGGAAUGGAUAGUAGAGAGACACGAGGCUUUGCUGAUAGAUGAGGUUGGGGGAUGAUGACUGUGUUUUCUGAGAUAUCAAACUAGAAACAAAAAACAAGUUUUUAUGCCUGACACAGAAGGAUGUAAAUAUAAGAUUCUUUUGAACAGUCUAACCUUUAUUUAAAAACUGGAAUUCUUUGUCCAUCUGUAAUUGUUGAUUAUUUAACUAGUACAUGUAGUUCACAAGGUUAAAAAAAAAAAAGAAAAAAAGUGACCAUGAAAGCAUGUGAAUAACUGGACACAAUCAUGCCAAUGCCAUAAGACGUAGAAUUAGUUAGGUUAUCAAAUGUUAAAUGCUUUUAAUAUUAAGAAGAAAUCAAACUAGAAAAUUAAUCAUGAAAUAUAAAAUAACACAGUAAAAUUCAGACUAUGAAAAUGUAGGGUGGGUUUUGCAUAGAAAAUAAAUGAUAAGUUUGCCAUUUAAAAUGGUUGGUUGUUGGUUGGGUUUACAGAUAGUAGAUGUAGUAUGGUUUCAAUUGUGAAAACUUGCUUUAGAGCACUACAGAUGAUUUUUCUCUUGUUCUCCUAUUCUUUCAUUACAUUUAAAAUGUAUUAUGUACAAAGAGGAUGCAGAAAGGGAUUGCUUUGCAGACAUCAAUUCGAAGUGCUUUAACAGGCAGGUAAACCACAUGUGAGGUUAAGAGAUCUUCCAAAUGAGUAAAGGAAAUGAAAAGGGUCUAUAUUACCUUUUAUAGAUGCAAAACAAACAGCAACAAAAUGAGUGUUAUCAUUUAGGAAGCAAACACAACAUGUUUAAUUUGUGACAUGUCUUUUCUUUUCUCUCCAUACCUUCUUGCCUACAUAACCAAUAUGGAACCUAUCACCACUUUUUUUUCCAUUUUUGAUAAGUAGAUGCUGAAGCAAAAAUUCUAAACUAUUAAAUAGGUGUUCUUUUGGACUCUUGUUUUUUAACUGUUGGUUCAUUGUGAGGAAAAUGAGAAAUCCAAAAACAUAGCUACUAACAGUUUAAAGGUCAGACAAACCAACUUCUACUGCACAUAACAUGGGCAGAGAGUCUGGAUGUGCCUCUCUGGGACUGAAGGAUAGUCUUGUCCACCCAUAGACAUGUCAAGGCAUGUGGCUCUCUCAUGCUGACCAUCUGCUCAAGAAAAAAUGACAUGUGAAUAUGAAUGUGAAUCAGGCAUUAUUUUAAAAGAUCAUUGACAGUUGAGACCUUCUUUUUGUUGACACUAAAAUGAGGCCAACAUUCCUGUGUCUGGAUAGAAUCAACACAAUUUUUCUAAACUUAGAGAUGCCUUUGAAGGAUUUCUCUCCGCUCUUAUGAACACAAAGACAUUGUGGACAUUAUAUGGGAUCAGGUGCCCUUGCAUUUGUAUAUAUAAAACCUUCCAACAUCAGGGGCUGCUUUGUUCCUUACUUUAAGUGAAAGCAUCAUAAAAUAAUAAGAACUUCAGAUUCUUGCUCAUCAUGUCCCACUGAUUAAAUAGACAAUAGAUAGGAUGUUUCCCUUGCAGACCCCUGUCUCGCCUCACUCCUGGCCAAGAGAUGGUUUAGGUAGAAGAAAAUGCUUCUAAAGUCAGAGGCUGAGAAGACUAUAUAAGCCCCAAUUUCAAGGAACAUUCACCUAUCUCCCCUGGAAGGGAAUUCCUUGAAAGUCAGCUUUGCAAGUGAGUGAUCACCUUAUCAGAGAUGCAGGAAAUUUUAUUUGCCUCUGAGUCUUAGAGGAAAAUGGCACCUUUGCUUUUCUAUCCCCCACUUGCACAAUGCCUUUUUCUGUUUGAUUUUCUGUCACUAGUUCAAAGUGGCUCUCCUAAGGCUGUCGCUUUCUUAAGCCAUAGUGGAUCUAUGAAGACCCACAUCCUCUUCUGUGAAAUACUGACCUAGCCUUUGCCCUCAAAUGCCUGAUUUUUUUUUCCAUUAAAAUAUUCAACCACUCUAGAUGGUAGUAAACUACUUCUCAAACAAAGACAGCACAAAUAAUUAUUUAAGAUGCUAAAAUUGUUUUUCCAUGACAAUUGAUUCUCUCACUGUGGACUUCUCUGUAGGAAUUUGAGAUAAGUUAGCUCUGUAACGAGUCUCGAAACUCACGUUGUUUGUACACGCACCUCUAGAUCUUACCUUUACUCUUUCCAUGAAAACUGUGUAUGUGUAGAUAUAGUUUUAUGUGUAUAUAUAUAUAAAACUAAGUUAUUGUGGCCGACUAACUUAUUUACUUUGAUCACUUUAUUUUAUUCCUGAUUAUAAAUAUUUUACAGCUGCUAGAUUUUUCUUUCCCAGAUGAGGAGUGUUAUUAUCACAAAAGUAGAGGCAAUUCACCUUUAAGAACCUUCUCUGAGUUUGGUUGAACAUCCAUCCAUCUAACACAUUUAUAAUAAGCACCAUGUCACUGUAAUAAAAGCCCACAUGGACUGACAGAAUUCUACUUCCUCUACAAGGAAAUUUUUCUUUUAAUGCUUUAGUGUGCUCUCCCCCAUGUCAUGAGAAGUGUUUAUAUUUGUAUAAAUAUACAAUACAGGAAAACAAGAUUUCUACCUGUAGACAAUAGUCAAGUUUGUCCAAACCACUUUGUCUUUCUUGCUAUUUUUAUCCCUAAUGUGUUGUUUCCCCUGACCCGUUGCCCCGUCGAAGACUAGCAAACCCUACCUUCUAUCGAUUGACAGAAACCUGACUUUCAAGUUUCAUUUCCUGUGUUUUUCAGUUAAUGGAGGAGUUGUACCAUUUUCCUUAAUGUGAGAGUCAUAUCCCUGUGUAGUUCUGGAUCUCUCAGGGGCUGGGAGUGGGGAGUGAGAGAGUAACACCCACAACACUCCAAGAACCCUUUUGGAAUUAUUCCAGUAAUCAGCUAUGAAAGUAAUUUUCUAAGUGUAGAUAGAUACAUGUAAGCCGUUCUUUUAAAGUAAGGUACUUUGAAAUAUGUAGCAUAAACUGGUACUGCUGUUAAAUGGGUCGACUCUUAAACUGAGCAGCUGUGCAAGGGCAGCUAACUUUGAAUGCUCACCUUACUGGCCGGCUUGCGUCCACCUCAUCAUGUGAGCACCACGGCCUGCAUGGCCGCACACUGACAGUGCAUUUUCCCAUGCUCUGGCUGCUUGAUCAGUUUCAUUCUGAGUAUCAUUAGAAUAGGAUCAAAUAUAAAUGAGAUUCAUGUGCAAGACAAUUCAUGGCACACACACAAAACUAGGUCACAUUAAAUCUCUCAAAAUUCAUCUCAUGCACGCAUCACAGUAGUUAAAUAAGAGAGUUUGGGUGAGAAAGGGAGACAAUUUGCAGAAAAGGCAGAGUUGCGCUCAUUUCCUUAUUUUUUGACUUGUAAACAGAAAACGAGUCCUCUUUCCUCUGAAGUAUCAUCAAAGGAUAGGGCCGAAAAAAAAUAACUCGCUGGUAGCCGUCUAUGUUUCAUUUCAAACCCAGCAUUCAAAGUUAGCUGCCUUUUUGAAAUAAACAAACAAAAAAUACUACUGUAUGUUUGAAAAUGUGAAUAGUAUUUUUAUAGCUUGUUAAAGACAUGGCUAGCUGCAUUUGUAAAUAAGGAUAAUGUUGCUUUGAUUUUUCUUCUGUGAACAUCUUUAUUUGGAACAUAAUUGUCUUUAGGGUUGAUUUGUAUAUAAGUAAUUGGCUUGUGAUUGUUUCUUUUUUGGUUGGAAAUUAUCAUUUUGACAUUACCUGUGAUUCUGUGUUCAGCACUAUUGUGAUGUGUCCAACCUCUGCACUCGCUUACACAAUAGGAUAUGCCGAUUGUGUGUGGUGAAAUGUUAUUUUCAUUUUUUUUCUAUGUUAUCUAUGAAGGAUUGUGCACUUAACACAUACUAACUUUUUUAAUGUUAGGUAUAUUUUUAGUAUAAUUUUCCUAUUCUUUCUUCUCCUCCAACCCUUCAGCCUCUUCUCCCUCCUGCCCCCACUUUCUGUUGUUAUUGAGGACAAGGGAGAAACUGUAUUUUAAAUUGAUGUAAUUAGGCUUUUUGAGUUAGUUCUCAAGGAUCCUCUUCUGACUCUUGGGAAAGAAUUGUGCCUGCCCCAAGGCACGUAUAGAAUGCGACUGCUUUGCCUCAUUCCAUACUGAUCAUCCCAGCUGAACAAUUUGAAAACUGUUCUGCCUUUUUGUUACAUGAAUCUGUCAGAAAUAUAUUUUUAAUUUAAUAUAAAUGAAAUUCAAUAAAAUAUGAAACAAA